AUGGAUCAAAGCCAAAUCAUCGCUGGCAAGCCUGUCGCGGUCAUUGGAGCAGGUCUCUCCGGACUUGUCGCUGCCAAGCAUCUAGCUGCCGAGGGUUUUCAGGUCACCGUUUAUGAGCGUCGAAGCCAGGCAGUUUACGGAGAUUUGCAAACCAACUUCCCACGCCGGCUCAUGGAGUUGCAGGAUUAUCCAUGGACCAGCCAGCCUCUGUUCAUGCAACACGAUUUGGUGCAUGAAUACCUUGCGGGGUACGCCCAAGAUAUUCAGCAGAAGUGCAACAGCCGUAUACAAUUCCACUUCGAUACCAAGGUUGUGCGUUUAUUUCAUAAGGCAUAUGCUGGAGGUCAUUGGGAGCUCACUUGGGAGUCAGUGCUCACAGCAGAGAGUGGCACCUCCCAGUUCUUAUACGUCAUCGUGGCAAUUGGUCUCUAUGACGAACCAUCGAUACCUGAUUACGAAGGGCUUGCAACAUGGAGGGAAUUGUGGAGGAACUCAGUCUCUCAUGCGAAGUCUCAUCGAAACCCAGACGCCUUUAGGGGCAAGAACGUGCUCAUCGUUGGUUAUCAAGCAUCCGGGUUUGAUAUCGCCAGUAAGAUCUCGACUUAUGUGUCCAAGCUGUGGAUUUCUUCAACAAGACCACUUGCAGGUGGACUACCUGCGAACGCUUUGCCUAUGAAGGGAGUGUCUCGCUUCCUUUCCUCCCCGCCUUGGGUUACUUUUACAGAUGGGCAAACUCUUGUCGGGGUCGACCGCAUAAUCUUCUGUACCGGCUACCAAUACCAUCAGCCUUUCAUCAAGAAGAGCCGCAAUACCGCGGAACCACUUUUCCCCAGCGGUUCUUACAUAAAAAGGUUUACAUGA